UUAAUAGCCCAUCAUGCGUAGCGGUCAUUACAGUGUGCGGCUUUUUAUUCUCAAGUUGUGUUCGAAGACGACAAAAUGUCUGAAGAAAAUAAGGAAGUUAAACCGGAGUCUGAACACAUUAAUUUAAAAGUUAUGGGGCAGGAUAAUACAGAAGUCCAUUUUAAAAUUAAGAAAUCCACUCAGCUUAAAAAACUCAAACAGGCCUAUUGUGACAGACAAGGAGUACCAUUAACUUCUGUCAGAUUUUUGUUUGAUGGACAGAGGAUAAAUGAUGACCAAACACCCAAACAACUUGAGAUGGAAGAUGAUGAUGUGAUUGAAGUAUAUCAAGAGCAAACUGGAGGAUCAUGACUUCAUUAUCACCCACCCCUCCCAGCCAAACACUGACCAAUUAAUACUCAUUGCCUAAGAGCUGACUGUCCCUGUGGUUCCCACAUGCUUGUAUAAUUUUAUAUGUAUGAUGGACUUAAAUGUGGAACCAUUUUAUACCCUACAUCUAACGGCCAAGUUUAGUUCUAGUUAUUUUUACUUUGCUGUAUUCAUAUUAGACAACUAGAUAUUGUAUGUGUUCUUAACAAGUAAUCUGUCAUGUUAAUACUAUGUAAUUAAUGUCAAGAGUAGCAUUAAAUUUGAGUAAA